AACUGGUGGUUCAGACAGACACAAACGUUUGCAAAACCCAGUUUAAACCCUCGUGAAUCUCUCCCUCUCUGUCUCUGUUCGAUUUCAGCAGGUAAUAAUGCAAAUUUCUCUUAGCAAUUCAGCCUUCAAGACCCCUCAAAUAUUCCCAUUUCACCAACCCAUAUUCUCUCAAAAGCUACUUAACCACCACCAAGUUUCAUUGCAAACCCACGUCAAUGCCCUUAAAGGGUCGGGGUAUUUAUCCGAAAUCAGCAAAGCUAUUGAUCACGAAGAACAGUACAGGAUAGCCCGGUCACAGGUUUUACGUAAAGGUUUGGACUUGGAAGGUUAUUCUAUAGAGGGUCUUUCAAUUGGAGGUCAAGAGACCUGUAUCAUAAUCCCUGAAUUCAAGUGCACUUUCGAUAUUGGGAGGUGCCCAACCAGAGCUAUUCAUCAAAACUUCGUUUUUAUUACUCAUGCUCAUCUUGAUCACAUUGGAGGGCUGCCAAUGUAUGUAGCUAGCCGGGGUUUAUACAAUUUGAAACCUCCCACUGUAUUUGUGCCUCCUUGCAUCAAAGAGGAUGUUGAGAAGCUGAUUGAUAUUCACAAGACAAUGGGCCAAGUUGAAUUGAACGUUGAAUUGGUUGCUUUGGAUGUGGGGGAGACAUAUGAGAUACGGAAUAACCUUGUUGUCCGACCAUUCAGAACUCAACAUGUUAUACCCAGCCAGGGUUAUGUAGUCUACUCAAUCAGGAAAAAGCUGAAGAAGCAGUACAUGCACCUGAACGGAAAACAAAUUGAGAAAUUAAAGAAGUCAGGUGUUGAGAUUACUGACGUUAUAUUAUCACCUGAGGUGGCCUUCACCGGUGAUACAACAUCGGAUUUUAUGCUUGACCCACUUAAUGCUGAUGCAUUGAGAGCCAAAAUUCUUAUAACUGAGGCAACUUUCCUAGAUGAAUCAUUCAGCAUAGAUCAUGCUCGGCAACAUGGUCAUACGCAUCUAUUUGAGAUCAUCAAAAAUGCUCAAUGGAUUCGCAACAAAGCAGUUCUGUUGACUCAUUUUUCAUCAAGAUACAAUAUAGAGGAUAUUCGUCAAGCUGCAUCAAAAUUGCAGUCCAAGGUGUCAGCGAAAGUGGUUCCUCUUACAGAAGGCUUCAAAUCAUUGUACUCUUAAGUGUUCAAAGUCAUGUCAAUCCUUACCAUUAUCAGCAUAUUAACGAGUACCGAGAAAACAAAAAAAGUGUCAUCAGUUGUAUCUCGGCUUCAUAGUUUUCUUGUAAAUUAGAGAGGUAUAUUUAUUUUUGGUUUUUUUUUCCAUGUAAUCUACUAUUUAUUCCUACGAAAUCGAGUAGCACGACUUAGUAGUCACACCUCUAAUGUAAUUUACAGUUUGGUCAGCGUUAAAGAUUCUAUAUUAAGUCCGUUUCAUAUGUUCCUAUAUGCUAUAAAUCAU